GCCUGAGCAACAAGCUUGGCUGGACUACACGUUCACUGCUGCAGUGUCGUGCUCUGUGAUUUGACGGGAAGAGCAACAAAACAGGGACAUUAUUCCUCACUCAACGUCGGUCUGGAUUGAACUGGAGAAAGGAAGAUGACGGGUGCUUAUAAAGAUAACCAGGAGGACUGGAUGACUGUGUGUUUCAAGUACCUGCUUUUUGUUUUCAACUUUCUCUUCUGGGUUGGAGGAGCAGCAGUUUUGGGUGUAGGAAUCUGGACACUGUUGGAGAAGAGUGACUAUUUGAGUUUGCUGGCCUCCAGUACUUUUGCUGUCUCAACAUAUAUUCUUAUCCUGGCUGGUGGCCUUGUGGUGGUCACUGGCUUCUUGGGCUGCUGUGCCGUCAUCCGGGAGCAGAAAAGCUGUCUGUCUACGUAUUUCUUCUGCCUGCUGUUCAUCUUCCUGAUUGAAUUGGUUGCUGGAGUGCUGGCCUAUGUCUAUUACCAGAAGUUGAGUGAGGAGCUGAAGCAACAUCUCAACCAGACUAUGACGGAGAACUACUCCCAGCCAGGGAAGGAUGCCAUCUCAUUAGCUGUGGACAGACUACAACAGGAUUUUAAGUGCUGUGGCAGCAACAACUCCCAUGACUGGACGAUGAGCGUGUACAUUUCGUCAAAGCAGGCAGAAGGCAGGGUGGUGCCUGAUAGCUGCUGCAAGACCAUCACCCCUCACUGUGGCAGGAGAGACCAUCCCUCUAACGUCUACAAGGUGGAGGGUGGUUGCAUCACUAAACUGGAGAAGUUUCUGGCAGAUCACCUGUUAGUCAUUGGUGCCGUAGGAAUAGGAGUGGCUUGUAUGCAGAUCUGUGGGAUGGUGUUCACCUGCUGCUUGUACAAAAGGAUCAAGAUGGACCCUUACUGAGCACACCGAGCCACCACUACGACAUGUUCAACAGGCAGAUGGAACAAUGCUGACACCUAAUUUCAACCUUUUUUUAUCUUCAACUCAGCACAGACAUGUUCCAGGUCACCCACAUCGCAGCGAAAAACAAAUGGUGCCAUAGACCAACCAGGCUGAUUUUAGUUUCCUCUUGUACAUUGUUGUACUUUUUGAGCUUUGAUUCAGACUUCAAAUUUUCCGAUACUCGUCCGUUAUCUCGGCGUCCUGGAGCAUCAUGUCGCAUGUCGCAUUGUUGCAUUGUUGCAUCGUUGCAUCGUUGCCUUUGUUUAGAUGCAUGCUUUACUUUGAGCAGUACAAAAGAAGGGAAAUACUUAUUACAUUCCUCUCAACUAAUGAUGAUGCAAAUUAUUUUUCAUGUUUUCACAGUGCAGAGAUUUAUAUAAUGGUGAGUUAUUAUUGGUCAUUCCGCUUCAUGAGUAAGCUGAGUAAGGGCACUUUCUACAUGGGUGUAUCUGUUGAUGAAGAAAGGAACUGUAUUGUAUCUUUUGUAAACACAAUGUGCCUCUAUCACAAUUCUGCUGGUGAAUGAUUAUUUAGUUCAGAAAAUCCACUUAACUCUGUGCCUGAAAUCUAUAAAAGGGAGCUGAAAAUGCAUUGUGAUAUUUGGCAGCAAAUUAAAUAUAGUUUAUCUUUAUAUUUGUAUUUAUGUCUGUAUUCCUGAAAAUAGCACUGAAUGUUGAACUGUAAGUUAGUUAUAAAAAUUAACUUAACAUUUACACAGUCUAAUAAGUAAAAAAAAAAAAUUAAAUGGUUGAAAUGCUUCUUAA